AUGUUCUCCCUCCGUACCGUCCUCGGGGCCCCCGCGGCUCUCCGCCAGCUCCUCCCCUCUGUUUCUCGCCGGUCUAUCCCUGGGGCUGCUUCGCUGCGUCCUUUCUCGCAUAUGAUUCGCAACAGCCUCACAAGCUUGCGCGCUGGUCAGUCAUCAGCCAGCAAUGCUAUCUCCGCCACUGUUGGAACCGCUCGGCAGAUCGAGCAGGUUCGGGGUAUGAAGACUCGCUCUUCAGUCAAGCGGCUGUGUGAUGGGUGCAAGCCGGUGCGCCGAAAGAACCGUGUCUACAUCAUCUGCCUACUAAUUCCCAUCUUUCUUUUUUAUAGCUCUAAGAACCCGAAACACAAGCAACGACAGGGUAAAUAG